GUGUGUUCUAUCUUAUGCCAUGGCGGAAGAGAAGUACAACAUGAAGAACCCAACGGUGAAGAGGAUCCUUCAGGACGUGAAGGAGAUGCAAGCAAACCCUUCUGAUGAUUUCAUGAGCCUUCCUCUCGAGGAAAAUAUAUUUGAGCGGAAGUUCGCGAUCAGAGGUCCCCGUGACACAGAGUUUGAGGGAGGAAUCUAUUACGGAUGGAUCCAAUUGCCAGUAGAAUAUCCAUUCCAACCUCCUGCAUUUAUGCUGUUAACUCCUAAUGGUCGUUUUGAAACACAGAUGACGAUUUGUCUAAGCAUAUCCAAUCAUCAUCCGGAGCAUUGGCAGCCAUCUUGGAGCGUGGGAAUUGCUUUGGUAGCAUUGAUUGCAUUCAUGCCCACUAACCUAGAUGGUGCACUGGGCUCAUUGGAUUACAAGAAGGGAGAAAGACGUGCAUUAGCCAUCAAAUCUCGUGAAGCAGCCCCCCAAUUUGGAACUCCAGAACGUCAGAAAUUGAUUGAUGAGAUUCACCAGUGUAUGUUAAGCAAGGCACCACCAAUUCCGUAAUUAAAUGCCCCGCAGGCCUCGAA